CUGGCUUUUGCCUAGCGCCGGCGGUAGUGCGUUGCGUUCUUGUUUGCCUAGCGCCGGGGGAGCGCGUGCGUUCUUGUUUUGCCUUGCAGCGAAGCGGAUGAAGGCGUUCUUGUUAGCCUAUAGCGUCGGCAAAAAUGCGCGCGCUCUUGUGUGCCUAGCGUCGGCGAAAAUGCGCGCUUUCAUGCUUAGCCCAUCGUCCGCGAGAUGGUUCGGGGAGUUGCCGUGA